UUCCCCCCCGCCGUCCGGGCCUCUGCUUUCCCGCGCAGCGGCGGCUGCGCCACUUCCGCUGCUCGGGCCGCGAUGACUCCCCGGCCCUGGUGGCUGGUGCUCUGGAUGCCUCUCCUGGCCACUCUGCCCGCGGGCGCGGUGCAAGAGGAGGAGGAGGCGGUGAUGACAGCUCCAAUAUGUAAAUCUCUGAAGGAAGCAGACUUCAUUGAAACAUCUACGCCAGACUGUUACUGCUUCAAGCAAGAGCAAAUACAGUGGACAUACAUGUGGUCGACGGUGCAGGUAACCGUCGCCAGUCGAGACCUGCUCAGAUUUGUGUACAUCACAGGAAGUCGCAAUUGCCAGCAUCCGGAAACCAUCCUGUCAUUUGUCAAAUGUGUGAUUUAUAACUUUUGGGCACCAGAGGAGCUUAAGGGACUGAUGAUGGUCUUCAGUCCAUACGGAGAAACCGUAUGCUUCUCCGUGAGGCCCAUCGGGAGUAUGUCGACCUACAUAGUGAGCGUGGACCGAAACACUUUGGAUCUCAGGCUCCUCCUCCUCUUUGUGGCGGGCAUCCUCCUCUUAGUUUCUGCAAAGACCUUGAGCCGAAGCCCUGUUUUCUAUUACUCUUCGGGUACUGUGUUAGGUGUGGUCAUGACCCUAGUGUUUGUCCUUCUGAUGGCUAAGAGACACAUUCCAAAGUAUAGCACGUUUGGGGCGCUAAUGAUUGCUUGUUGGUUUGCUUCAGUUUACGUCGGGUGCCAGCUGACGGAAGACCUGAAGAGGCUGAACAGACUGUACGUAUUAGGCUAUUUCCUGGUUGUUGGGCUCUGUAGCUUUGGGGCCUGCUACUGGCACGGGCCUCUCACCAGCGAGUGGAGCAGAGGCCUUCUGAUGUGGACACUGCGGUUCCUCUCCCUGGUCCUGCUCUACAUGGGGGCAGCCGUGCCUCAGUUUGCCUACGCCAUCAUGGUCCUCCUCCUGUUCUCCCGGAACCUGCGCUAUCCACUGAGAGCGCUCAGCUAUCUGUGGUGGAGAAUGAGGCCAUGGUUCAUAAGAGAACCGCCGGUCGUGAAGUUUCUCACCGAGGACGAGUAUAGGGAGCAGGCUGAGGCUGAAACAGCCAGCGCCCUGGAGGAGCUGCGCCGCGCCUGCUGCCGGCCCGACUUCCCUUCCUGGCUGGCUGUCUCCAGGCUCCAGGCUCCUAAAAAGUUUGCAGACUUCAUUCUCGGAGCGAGCCACUUGUCCCCCGAGGAAGUCAUCACACACGAGAGGCAGUACGGCCUCGGGGGCGCCUUCUUGGAAGAGCAGCUCUUUAGCCUUCGCGCUGACAGUCAACCUGCAAGCUGACUUCAGUGUGGACGAGGGAUCGGGUGAAGGGCAAAGAUCCUUGUACAGUGGGCGGUGGGAAAAGCGUGCACCGCUGAAGAAAACAAGCCAUGCGAGUGAGGAAAAACACGCGUGCGGAGAACGCCUCCGGCAGCCCACUUACUGCGCCGUAGGUGGCAUAAGGACUCUAAGAAUCAUGGCCAUUUGCCCCAAAUGAAGACGACUUUCGUUAGAACAGCGGGACCUUUCCUUUAGGACCGUAAGCAAGGUCAGAUACCAUCCCAGCACCGGGCUCUAGCUCCUCUCUUGAUGCCGUGAAGCUGGCUCUAAAGGCUGCCUCGUUCUCUCUCCAUUUCUUGAUAGCAGUGUUUUCUAAGGUGCACUCUGCAUGGUACUGGUUAGGGCUGAUAACAGCUUCCCGCGCCAGCAUGGUGGACCCUGUCCCACCUAGCAGGUUCCUUCAUCUUCAGUGCAGCGAAGACGUCGUGGGUCUGAACCGCAGACAUCGUGCACCAGGGCCGCAGACUGACUGACCAGAAACCAUUUUCCAUGAGAUGAAUAAUUGUUAGAACAUGCUUGGAGGUUCGGGUUCGAGAGGUAUGUCCUCAGCAGCCUUGGCCGCGCGCCAACCCUGGUGCACCCUGAGACUCGGGUGGACGACCAUCUUCAGACGGAGGGUCGGGGCUGUGUCCUCAGCAGCCUUGGUCUCACUGUGUUGGUGCCUCCAUUUUUGUCUGUGUUGCUUUUUUUUAAAAAAAAGAAAAAUAAUGACCAAUUAGCUAUUUAAUAACUAACGGAAAAAAAAUUUCUUAGGAUUAUAUUUAAUGUUUUCACAAGAUUACAUAUGCAGACAGAUUAUCAUUACUUUUUGUACUUUUAUAUAUUAAAUGUGAAAGCAGGUAGCCAUGUGUGACAUUGAGAUUUAUUUUUUAUAUGUUUUAUAUGAAUGCUUUUAUAUGUUUGCGAUGGUUUCUCACAAAACAGAUUUUGAUACUCUUUUUUUUUUUAGAGAGAGAAAAUGUUUGUUUCUUGAUUCAUGAUAAACUCCAGCAUGCAAUGAGCCACUAACUGCUUCUACCCCAGAGAAAGGAGCAGAAACAGGUCUAAGGGUUGACAAUGGCAAGCAUUCUGUGAAGGAGCCGCUGGCCUGAUUCUCAGAGGAUCAAAUGCAGGCUCGUUUUAGUUGUCUGUGUUUUGUACUGCAAUGAUAAAAACAUGGGAAGCCGUCCUGUAUAAAGAAAGACGCGGUGAGGAGGACAUAAGACGUGGUCACUGUCAUUUCUUGAGAGCUGCGAACUUCAUGGAACUUUCUAGAUUGACUCUCAAAUGAUUUUUUUGAAGCAGUCGUCAGUGGUCCUGGAUCUGCUUUCUACAGGCACAUUUAACAUGAGGAGUCUUGUUCCUCUCCUUAGAAACGUUACUCAGGGCAGUCUGCGCCAUUACAGACUUUAAAAAGCCAAAGAAUGCGGUGUGGGAGAGGUGCUCAGUGGACUCCCUGCCUUGCAGAGGACCUGGGUUCCGUCUCCGUCACCCACAUGGCGCGACAGUUCCGGGUGAUCUGAUACCGUCUGACUCCGCAGGCAACGGGCAUGCAUGUGUCGCACAUACAUGCACGCAGGCAGAACAUUCAGGCAUAAAAUAAAGCUUUAUUUAUACAAAACUGUCAAAUGACGUGCCUCCGUUCAUCUUGGCACCUGACCGUCUUGCUGGUAUAGACAAGCGUUUACCUCGUUUUCCUUUUCUGGACCUUCACUUAUCGGUGCUAUACUGUAACGUGUCGGGCAUGUCAGUGUUCUGCAUGGCCGUGUUCACCCCUCACUGAGCGGUCUGUCUAAUAUCGACUGUGUUUGUGUGUGAUUGACACGGCGGCAUCCACUGCUGCGCCCGCCCACGCCGCCCUCCUGAGCCACGGGAGACCCCACUGUGAGGAAGCAGCUCCAAAGGAGGCGAGCCCCUGCAGCCACAGUAAACACAGUGGCAGUCUUUGGGGUGCUGUUUCCGCACUUAGUUUUGGAAGGAAUCAUGGAUCUGUCAGAUUGUUCUGUGAGAGGUCAAACAAUUAAAGCAUUUCUGGUAA